AUAAACUUCUACCGCAAUUAGAGCACAUAAAAACACGCACGCUGCGCACACUGCGCAAAUGGGCGACACGCAGCCAGUCCAGCCGCGGCCUGGGCUCGGCGCAAGCUCGGUCGCGGACGCUUCCGGCCCCUCGGCUGCUUCGGCUCCGGCGCCUGUGGCUGGCACCACGGUGCGCGCCCGCUUCCGGCCGCGCAGCAGCAAAGAGGCCGAGGCGCGCUGUGUGGAAUUCCUGGGCAACAGCGACAGCGGCGCUAUCGGCUUCACUGGCCCGGACGGCGUGAAACACAACUUUGCGUUCGACAAGGUGUAUGGCGAGACCUCCAGUCAGGAGGAGGUGUUUGCGGACCUGACACACGUGGUGGACGCCGCACUGGCCGGAUACAACGGCACCAUACUGGCGUACGGCCAGACGGGAAGCGGCAAGACGCACACGCUGAUUGGGCGCGUGGCGGACCCGGCCCAGCGGGGGGUGGUGCCGCGGGCGGUGGCACACCUCGCCGACGGCAUUGGGGCGGCGGGGGAGCGGGAGGGGGCGGACUUCCAGGUGGUGCUGAGUGUGGUGGAGAUCUACUGCGAGCGAGUGCGCGACCUGCUGGCGGAGGGGGGAGGCGGCGGCGGCGGCGGCGGGAGCGACAACCUGCAAGUGAAGCAGGAUGCACUGCGCGGGGUGUACAUCGAGGGAGCCACGGAGCUGUGCGUCACGGACGAGGCCCAGUUGGUGGGCUGCAUGGGGCGCGGCCUGGCGCAGCGCUCCGUGGCGGCCACCAGCAUGAACGCUGAGAGCAGUCGCAGCCACUGCAUUGUGACUGUGCGUGUGGAGCGCACCCGGCCAGACGGAGCCGUGCAGACGGGCAAGCUGGUGAUGGUGGACCUGGCGGGUAGCGAGCGGGCGGACCGCACCGGGGCCGCAGGAACCACACUGGUGGAGGGCAGCCUCAUCAACAAGAGCCUCAGCUGCCUGUCCAACGUCAUCUACGCGCUUACGGACGACAAGGGGGGCGGCGGGGCGGGCGGGGCGGGGGGCGGCGCCGGCCGCCACGUGCCGUACCGGGACAGCAAACUGACACGCGUGCUGCAGGACUCGCUGGGCGGCACGGCGCGCACGGUCCUCAUCAUCUGUUGCUCGCCCUGCGCCGAGAACAGCGCCGAGACGCUGUCGUCCUUGCGCUUCGGGGCGCGCGCAAAGGGCGUCCAGAACACUGUGGCCCUCAACGCGGUGCGUCUGGCCCCCGACAAGAUGGCGCAGCAGCUGGAGGCGCUGCGGGCGCGCAACGCCGCCCUGGCAGCCGAGCUGGCGGCAGCCCACACGCGCCUGGCGGUGCUGGGGGCAGCAGCAGGAGGAGGAGGAGGAGGAGGAGGAGGUGGAGGGGGAGGAGGAGGAGGGGGAGGACCCGCGGCGCCUUCGGCGCCGCCUCCGGCGGCGGCUGCGCCGCCGCCGCCGCCGCUCUCGCCGGUGGCAGCAGCCGCUACCGCGGCUGCUGCGGGUGGUGGUGGUGUUGGUGGUAGUGGUGGUGGUGUUGGUGGUGGUGGGAGCGGUGGCUGUGGUGGGAGCCGCGCGGGUGCGGAUGUGGGCGAGGCGGACGUGCCGCUGGGGGCGCUACUGGUGCGGGAGGUGGUGGAAAAGGCGCAGGACGCGGCGGCGGCGGCGCGGGCGCUGCUAGCUCGGGCCCGGCAGGUGGUCGUACUGGCAGGCAGGAGCAGCAGGAGUGGUGGAGCGGGGGCGGCAGGGGCGGGGGCGGCAGGGACGACGGGUGCGGCAAAGGCUGGGCCGGGUGCGGUGGCGGCAGCUGCCACCACCACCGCCGGCGCCUCCGCCGCCGCCGCCGGCUCCACCGCCAUCAUCAGCCUGCGUCAGGCUGAGGCGCUGGUCGAUGUGGCGGCGCUGGCGGCGCUGCUGCUGGGGCUGUGCGUGUUUGCGGUGGCGGCGGCGUCGUAGCACGGCGGUCACUUGUCGGUAUUCGAUCAAUGAAGACUGGUAACGAACCGACGAAGAUCGGUGAUGAGUAUUAGAGUAUACCGUAUGCGAUACCACACGCACGCGGCGUGUAACGUUCCGUGUGGGUGCGAUCAGAGGUUCACUGACGGCGGGCCGCGAGUGCCAUGUGGCCGUGACAUUGCGGCCGUGACAUUGCGACAGGCGCAAAAACGCCCCGCCGACCACCUCUAUUUUACACGCUGAAACCGUUGAAAAUCAUGAAGAGCGGGACUAGUCUGGGUGGUGCCAAGUGUUUUGCGGUGCGCGUGUGUGAGGGGGGCGCACUGGGGAACGUGGUGGGCGAAACCCGGAUGGGUGAGGCAGGAUUGCAUCCGCUGAGGCUGCCGAACUUGGGGUUGCCACGAGACUUACAAAGAAGAACUGCACUAGGUAGAUUCGGGCAUAUG